UCAGAGUCAAAACCUAUUCGGCAUCCGUAGGUUACCGACGUCACAGGAUAACAACAUGGCGGCUCACUUCGAUUGAAUGCAAAGACCCAAAACAGAGAUUUUUCUACACCCAGCAGGUCGCGAGCCGCGCUGUUUUCGGCCCUCCAGUAUUCCUUUGAAACAGUUAACAGAAUAAUGGUUCCCGCGAGCCAUGUCGGAGCCGGGGGCAGAAGCUGCUGCUGGCAGCCCUGAGUUCUCCGAGCUGUGGAGGAAGAUCUCUGAAGUUGACCGCGGCAAAAGACAGGCCAGGAGAGGCGGACAGCAGAUGCUAGCCACAGCAACUUCUCCUGGAUGUAACGAUUUGCAGAGUCCUCGGCUCCGAGGCAGCAGCAGCAGCCGAUUCCUUGGCUCUAACGUGACAGAGUCUCCAGGAGAUGUUGAGGCUUCACAGGACAUUUUCUGGGAUGGCACAUCCCCAACUCACACUGGUCAAGGAUACAAGAACACCAGAGCUGUGAAAAUCUCUGAUAUUGUGAACCGCAUUGUUCCGAAGAAUAUAAAACGCAAAGUGACCGAAUCCUCAUUGCUGCACUGGAUCGACGAUGGCGCGAUCCCUUGCACCCCUGACGUUCCGAAGCAACGAAUCCGGAAAAGGUCUUCCAGACAGAGCAGUGUGGAGGAUCUCAUGAAACUUGCCAAGCAGUUUGAUAAAAACAUGCAGCAAGAUGAGGAGACUUCUGCCCAACAGAACACCGUCACCGGUAGACUUCGUGACACUGCGGACGUCUCUGAAAACGUCGUCAAAGAACCGAGGUGUCCAUCUUUGUCGGAACAGGCGGAGGCAGAGCUUCGGGCUCUGUUUGACUCGUCCACCCAGGGAAUCAGCGGCAGGUUGAGCGAAGGCUCGGUCUCUUCGCAAGACAGACAGGACCUAGCAGAGACUCUUGCCUUUGUUGACCAGAGACAGUCAGAACCCAAACCAGCAGAAAAGCACUCUACAAAUAACUUGGUUGACUUUGAGGACGACUGGGACAAUGACGACCUACUCAAUGACUCCUUGAUCCUGGCACUGACGCAAGAUCCAAGCAAUCCUCCUAAGACCUUACCAAAGUCUCACACAAACACUACAGAGUUAGCUUCUGCUCUCCAGUCAACUAUGAAUAAGAAGCCGGAGAAGCCGUGUAAAACAAGUUUCGGUUUGCUGCAGGACCUGUGUCCAAAACCAAAAACUAGAACUCGUAGCACUUUUAAGUUGGAAUCCAAUCCUCACUUUCAGACUAUGCUGGAUAAGGAAGCUGCAAAGUCUGGUUCUACUGCUGUACAACCCAAAUCGAAGAGCACAGAGCAGAAACCUGCUACCAUAAAGACGAACUCCAAUCCACAAUGCGAAAAAGUGACUAAUGGAGUGAAGUUUUUUCAGCAGUCCUCUUUGGUUAAAGACGUUUCGGACAGUUUAUGGGACAACGGCGAUGACGACGCCCUCCUCUACCAGGUGUGCGACAGCGUGGAGAGGGUUUCCAACAGCCAGCCAGAUGAAGCGGCUCCAAAAAUCUGUGAGGGACAAAAAUCGAAAGGGCCUGUAGACAGACGCCAGAACAUGAGAGAUUGUGAUGUCAACGCCGAAUCCUCUGGGAGUUCUGGUGUUGGUGCGAACAGACGAUCAUCGGGUUCUUUCGUUCGUUCCUACUCGCUGCUCUUGACUUCCCGUGAAACCGGAAACUACCAAGGAUGGAACAUUCCUCUGAAAGGCGGCAACAACAAAUCAGGGAUUUCUCAAAGCUUCCCAGGUAGCCAAGUUGGUCCGGGUGGAGAUUUCUCCCAUGGCAACAUGGCUAUGAAGCCUCAUCCAGCGAUGACCAGAGUCGCCCAGAACUCCAUGUCCCAGCAUGCAGCAUUCAAGAGGAAUGUGUCUGACUCAGCCAUCACAAACAACAAAGUUUUUGUCACCAGCAAGACUGCAGGGAAGUGCUCUGCAGAGGAGAUCGAGAGGAAGAAGCAGGAAGCUUUGGCCCGGAGGCGGCUGAGAAUGCAAAACAGUUCAAAACCUUAGAGGAGCUCCAUCCUGACGGACAAAAACGUCUCGUGAUAAACUGCCUGCGAGCAAUCAGUUUAUUGCUGAUAAUCAGUUUAUCAUUUCAAACCAGCAGUGGCCUUACUUUCUUUCACCUAAAAUAGUUCCUGCACAUACAAAAUGAUUUGACAGUGACUUGAAGAAUAGUUUAAUUAAAAAAUGCAGUGUUAAGAUAAUGAUAUUCUUCACUUGGUUUAUGCCAUAUAGUUAAAAAUUUGUGGAUGUUUUCUAUUGUCUGACUGACUGAAACUGUUCUGGUUAAUUUUUUAUAAGUUGAUUCUGACUUGAGCAGAAUCAGAGUUUUGAACAUUACUGUAGCAGACGCUAGCAUAAAAGCUGCAGCAAAUGUCUGAUCUAUUUUGAACCUUGAAAUAAGUUCAUGCUGAUGAGACUGAAUGCGAUAAGAAUAUUUUUGAAUAAAUCUUGACAUGACACUUUUUUCACUCUUUUUUUUUUACACUUAUUUUUUGCAAUUAUUGUGCAAAAUGUGUACAGACAGCUGAAUCUGAUUUUUUUUUUAACACUGCACUCACUUGAAAGUUUUUUUCACAAUCAACAGCAAACAAUAAACAGAUUCUGAGUUAU